UCACCAUAAUCAUCAUUUUCUUUAAAGCGCCACUUUGAUGGCUCGUACCAGCAACACCUAACAAGACAUCCUCUUAACAAACCUUUCAGUGUUUGUUGCACGAUGCUCGGGCUGUGCAAGAGAACUUCAGACUCUAGAGGUCUCCAUCCUUCAGCAUCCCCUCAUCAUCCACCUAUUCUCCCUCCUCCUCCUCCUCCUCCUCCUCCUCUCUAGCAUUUUGUGCAGCGGAGGAGGAAAAGAGGAAAGACUGCUGAGGUGGAGACAGAGGGGACCCUGAGACAACACGUCCCACGCCAGAGCCAGACAGCCAGGGAACUUUGAUUUGACGCCAAGUAGCCUGCGAUGAAAAUGUCGAUGAAGAGAAAGAGCAGCGUUUCUUCUCCUUGGGAAGCUUAGAUAUGUCGGGCGUGUUCAACAUAUGAUGUCCUUGGACUCAUAUUUUCAAUGAAGAUUUAUUUAUCUGUGAUUUCGCUCCUCAAUUCGCUGAUGGUGUCGCUUCGUUGUGCCUGCACUUAGGUCAGCCGAAUGAAUUUGAAGGCAGUCUGAGCGCAUUGUUUCCAGCUCCGUUGCAUAUGGGAUUUCCAGCCGUGAUGUCUGCAAUAUUUCGCUCUUUGUUUCUGGUUCUAUUCAGCCUGCUGUCAGUGGGUGCCCAGACGGAGAUGAAGAAGGUUGUUGGGGACAAUGCCACCUUGCCAUGCCACCAUCAGUUGCCGUCGUCCAGCUCUCUUGACAUUGAGUGGCUACUGCAGAAACCAAACUCCAAACAGAAAGUGAUCAUUACCUUCUCUGGGGGUCAGGUGUACACCAAUGAGGCGAUGGGCAGUGAGGCCAGCCGUCUGUCCUUUGCGGGGGAGUACCUGGGUGGAGACGUCUCCCUGCUGAUCAGUGACCUCCUGCUGACCGACUCUGGGGAAUACUACUGUAAAGUCAAGAAUGGGGGAACGUACCACUGGAACCAGGUCAACCUCAUUGUGCUGGUCAAACCUUCCAAGCCGAGGUGCUGGAUGGAUGGCAAACUCCUGGAGGGCAGUGAUGUCAAACUGAGCUGCAAAUCCAGCGAUGGUUCUGAACCCAUCAACUACAAGUGGGAGCGAGUGCUGGACAAAGGCAAGAGUCUGGGCAAAUUGCCAAACCUGGCACUGAUAGAUCUCAAGAAUCCAGAGAUCGUGACCCUGAGGAAUCUCACCAUGGACAGCGCAGGUGUCUACAGGUGCACAGCAAGCAAUGAUGUGGGAGAGGAAAACUGCACCAUUGAGGUCACAAUGCAGCAUGUGAGGGAUGUAGGUAUGGUUGCAGGUGCAGUGGUGGGAAUAUCCCUUGGAGUCCUCAUUGUCUUAUUAAUCAUCUGGCUCGUCUUCCGGAAGAAAGAGAAAAAGAAGUACGAGGAGGAAGAGACUCCAAAUGAGAUUAGGGAGGAUGCGGAGGCUCCAAAGGCCAAGCUAGUGAAGCCCAACUCCCUGUCCUCAUCCCGUUCCGGCAGCUCACGUUCUGGUGCAUCUUCCACCCAGUCCAUGGUGCACAACAGCGCCCAGCGCGGUCACCGCCCCCGCCCACCUGCUGUAGCAGCUCUCAAGGAGAAUGGACAACCUCCAGGCUUCCCCCAAUCACCACCAGCCUACACUUCAGUGGUGCCCCCCAAGACCCCUGAGCCCCCUGCCACUCCCAAAUACAACUCCAGGAACAUGUCCGGGCCCACACCCCCAACCCUCAUGGUCCCCGCCCAGACCAAGGCCUUUCAGACUGUGUAGGGCUGAAAGCGAUCCCCUUCCUGCAGCCAUGUUAAACUCCCAGCCCAGCCCAAGACCCCUAGCCCCCUCCCAAAGACUAAGACUCUUCCAUAAAUAAAGAAAUGCAACUAGUUAAAAGGAUGUAAUUAAAAGAAUUAAUACUUUAAGUCCAAAAGUACUUUGAAUGCAUACUUAAAAAGGGAAAAUAAGACAUGCUUGCCCCCUACUGAAUUACAUAAAACAACAAAACAAAAGAAAUAAACAAGACCCGAGAUGCAACAGUGUUUGUGUCUCAAGGCUAAAGGCAGAACUUGUUUUCUGAGUUUUUUCUUUUGGCUUUGGGAGGCACAGGGAAGCACCAUGUGCAGCGAGGUGGAAGGAGCCCCCUAGUAGAGCUUAUUUAUUUAUCAAAUCAAAGGGUUAGGCAUGCAGUGGAGAAGAACAGGAGAUAAUAGGAAAGCGUAAAGACUGGAUAAUCAAAUAUAAAAUCCAAGCCAGGUAUCAAUGGAGACAUACUGCUGUUGAGCUUUGCUCGACAAAUACGAGAUGGAUACAAGCUGGGUGAAAACAAGGAGGAAAAAUUUACGUGAGUGUAAAACAGCUACUGAUUUUUUUUCUUUUUAAUCUGGGAGCAAUGGGAGGGGUAGGGUGAUUCUCUGAUUCAUGUCAACCUGCACCUCUGACUCACUGCUCCCAGCACCUGCUCUGACACCACAAACCCCUUUGCCUCCCAUGGGCAGGGCAGAUUGUGCCCAUCCAUGUGGACAGACACAGUGUGCGGCGUGUGCAUCAUCUGCCUCGGUGCUCUCGGUCUUUCGUGCUCUCAUCAUGGACCUGUGAGAAAGAAACAGCGGUCCUGAGACGGACUCAGCUGGCUCACAAACAGCUCAUCUGCUUCACCAAUCAGCAGGGGAAACUUCAGGUACAAGGAUGUAGCAUUGACAGUGGAGUCAAAUCAGUGGAGUUGUUGCCCCACCCCACUCCCACAUCCUGUCUAGCUCUAUGGACAUCUUUUUCUGGUACUGAAUAUUUUCCCUGAAUAAUUACGUAGUAUGUAUUAGACCUAUAGCGAGUCAAUACUUUAUAUAUAGGGGAUAAGCAUCUAUUAGACCGGCUGGACUUAUUUUGAACUUUGUUUUGUUUCUGUUCUUCUGUGUCUCUUCUCUCUGAGCAGGUUGUAAAGGGUGUCCAUUCAUCCAUAUAAAGAAGUGCCACCAAUCCCAAAGAUGGGUUAUUAUUGCUUUUUUUGUUAUUUUUACUCUUAUGUUUACCUGCUUCAUUUCUGAACUGAAACCAAAAUCUGUCACCAUGAAUGUGUGAUGUACAAAGAUGGUGGAUCCCAUUAUUUUCAGCUUCCUAUAAGGUGCUGGAUCAGUAUUUGAGCUAAGGCACAAAGAAUUGACCUUGACGUUCAAUUUUACAAUUACUAUGUUUGAAUGAAGGGAGCAAGGAGUAUGAUUCGAUAGAGUUCAAUUGUAUAGGGUGCGUAUGCUAUCAUUACUUCAGUACUCUCCCUGGAUCCAUAACAAUGGAGUGGCACUCGAUUGCUGUCUCGCUGAAUCACCAGGUCCUGCUGGAUUAUUGGUCGAGCUGUGCUAGCCAAUCCCCAGUUGUUACAUCCGCAGACAGACCCAGUGCAGUUUGACUGAAAGUAUCUGGAACAAAAAGGGCAAGUAGCCUAUCUAGUGUGCCUUUGCAAUCCCUUUUCCCUUUGAUGGUUUCUUUCUUUGUCCUUAUCUUCAGCACACCAGUGGUUAAGUCUCUGUUCACAUCCAGCUUUGAGGGUCAACAGUAGCAAAUGCUGUGGGAUACAACUUCACAAACUUGCCCUAGUAAUAACAGAUGCACCCUAGGGAGCACCAAGCAGAGUGAAUUAUCCAUGGUGAGAAAGCAAUCCCAUGCCAUGUGACAAUGUAAUGUACAUUCUGUAAUCAGUCUUGUUUUAUAUUGUACAUACAGAUAGAUGUACGCACAUGAUGUCAUUUAAUUUAAUAAAUAAGGGUAACUGAGGGGAGAUAUACCCCUUACAAAACAGUCAUUUGGGACCCAAAGGUGAGUUUAAACCGUGUGUUUUUUGUACACAUGUUGUGUGAAGCCUCCCUAUUCUGAUAUGACAUUUUCGUCUCUGAAGUCAGUAUUCAUGUGAAAUAAAUAUCAGUAUACAUAAUGGAAGGUUGCAAAGCCCAUAUCUCAGUCCAAAGCAAGACAUUUUCACAGCUACUGUGUACAGCUCUUCUCAUGAGAUAACAUAUGGAUUUUAUUGAUCCCCUGAAAAUAAUUUCUUUUGAUUUCAGUGACCCAAUGACCUUCCCUCAACCAGCACCACAGGGUCUAAAUUUAGCUUUGGACAGAAAUUGGGAAGGGACAAGUUAUCUUGAAAAGUAAUUGCCAGGUUUUCCAUAAAAUCUGAAGUAUUUAUAGUCAGCACAUAAUGAAUAUUUUGAUGAACCGUGACCUUUAAUCUAAAAUUUCCAGUUGUGCAUGAGAAAAAUCCAAUAGUAGAUUGCCAUGAAGUUUUUGUGAGCAUGCUCAUACUAUCAAAAGAAAUAAGCUAUUUUUAAUUUAAUGCCUCCGUGAUCUGUACUCUCAGGAUAUAGUUAACAAUUUAAGCUUCACAGUAUUUCCAACAUUGUAAUAUUAUAGCUUAUAAUGAAUAUUGCUGUUUUCUUUGGGCCCAUAAUGAUGCUUUAAAUCUUUUGCUUAUAAAUGUUAACACUAAAGUAAAGCCUUUCACCUAAGAUGAAGUAAUUUAGCAUCAGAAGUUUUGAAAAAAAACCAACAUCUGUCUGAAAAGCACAUGUGGUUUGACUUCACAUUCAGGGUUUCACAUGUGACUUAACUGUAAGGGAAAAUAUUAAGAAAAAUGCCUUUUAUAUUCAACCACAGACAACAGUUCAUAUUCAAGCAGGGAAGCUACUGUGUGUGUGUGUGUGUGCGUGCGUGCCUGUGUGUGCCUGUGUGUGCUUGCAUGCAUGCAUGCAUGCAUGCAUGUUUGUGAAUGUGUGCGAGAGUGAAUGUGUGGGUGUGUGCAUGUAAAGUCAGUAUAGGCCCUUGGGCCGCACCCACACAUUCUCAUGUUAGGCAUUCAGUGAGUGAGAAGGAUCCAGUCAGGCAAAGCAACCUCUAUCCAAAUUGAUAUGACUGCAGACUGGCAGUGUUUAUUUGAGUUUCCACUGACUUAUACGCCUGUUGCACUUGGCUUCAUGUUUUUGCUUGUGGGGGUGGUGUCUCGAGACAAAGCACGUCCAUAUUUCAUAACUAUUGUCAGCUCUGGAGGCCACUUGUAUGCUCCCUUCCUGCUCUUGCUGUCUCUUAACAUAGAAUGCACUUGGCCCUGGGUGUACUGAUGGCAUCUCAAGGCACACACACACACACACACACAGACAUACAUACAAUACAAACAGGUAAAAGUUGUAUAUACACUCAUAAACAGGUAAACGUGGCACAUUCAGGUCCACACAAAAACACAGGUGUGUGCUUCAUGCGCAGUCACGGUUGCACAUGCACACAUGUGCGCACAGACUCACACACACGUUGCACAAACAAAAACCCAAACAGCCAUCUUACUGAUUUUUGCUGCUUCAGAAUCAAUUUGAUGGAUCGAAUGUGUGGAGGUAUUAUGACUUACUGAUGGAACCAAGAUACUAAAUGCAGCACAAAAAGGGACACUCUACACUGCAUCACCCAGGGGACAGCUGUAAACACACACACACACACAAGCAGGUACUGUAACAAAAUACACACAUACGUGCAUGCAAACACUGCUGUGCAUUUUAAAAAUCUGGAUGGCAUAUGCUUCAAGACGUUUUUUUUUUUUUUUUCAUGGGAAUCAGCGAGAGUAGUGCUGGGAAUCAGGAGAGGUAUAACAGGAUUGAUAUUGAGCCAGGGUUGUAGGCUCUUGCCAUUGAAAUUCCCCCCACCACAGAUUAAAGUAGCAGUGGAGGUGGAGGAUGGGAUGCAAGUCUUCCAGAUAUUAAAUUCCUCCAAGCUUUUUUGAUUUGCUUUCCAGCAACUGCAAGUCUCAGGUGGCAUAGUCCCCAGUUUAUGAGCCUUUGCGUUGUAUCUCUCCUGUCAUGUGUGCAGCUUUGUGGUCUGACAAACCUGCACUCGUUCCAACAAAUGAAUUUUAAGGAGCUUUUGUCAGUUCAGUAAAGAGUGGAGGACGAAAGUCUUAACACACCUCAGAGUGUUAGCAGCACAUCCAACACCAUUCCUUCAAACAGGAUCUUUCAGCACUAUAUAUUGUCUUAUUAUCUUCACUCAAAGGUGCAGUAAACAUGAAAUCAUUCAUGGUUAUCCUGUGUUAUAUGAUAGGAGUAUGAAUCUCAUGUAGCCACAAUGUUUUAUGUUCUGCAAUUUUGGUUCUGAAAGCAAUGCUCAGAUUUCGUGGUUUGGCCUUGUGCAUCAUUAUAGAAGAAUGUGAUGUAUCGUUACUUUUGAGAGAGGAGAUGGACGGGGCAGUAGUCAACCUCAAGAAGGAGAGCAAAGGUACCUGCAUGUCAUAUGGGAUUGAGCAGACGAACCGGAAUGCUUUGCUUUGAUGUAACAUAACUGUAUCGGCUAAAAAUAGUAGAAAAAAAGAAAAAAAAGGAAAUUGUAAAUAUCUUCACAGAAAAUUUUAUGAAGCUUUAUUUUUGUCUUCAUUAUUUUGAAUUAACAUACACAUACUUUGCACUUUUUUGUGUGCUGUGCUCAUCACCGGCCUGUGUGGGAUCUGUGUGGUUGGCUGUUUCUCUUGACUGCAUUGUUUCGAUGUCAGUGGGAGACACGCACAGCGCGGCGUUACUAAAGGGAAAUGUAAGACACUUUUGUUUCCUUUAAGCUCAUCUGUUUUUCUGUGGUGGCUUCUCUUUGGUUUUGUAAAACAGUACAGAAUUUUUGGUUUGUUCGUUUGAUGAAAACAAUCCAUGUAAAUAUCACAAGUUAAAAAAAAAAUGUAUAUUUUUACGACUUCUGAGUUAUUACUCUUUCAUUUGCAAAUAAAAUAUUCAAU